AUCAGGUUAAUUAAAUUAGCAUUAUAUUUUCUUAGAGUAUUGUAUAAUUAUUAUAUAUAUGUAUACAUAUUAUGUCAGGAAAACCUAAGGGGAAAAGAAAGGCAUUCCCUUCUGCCAAUUAUAUUGAAUUGACUCCAUCCGAGGAAGGUUCUACAUCAUCUCAGAUCAAUUUGAACGAUCAUAAUCAACCUAGUUCACCACUUCAUCAUAGUUUAUUAAGACAUCAUCAUUCAACUGAGUUGGCUGCUACAACAGGAGUUACAACCAAAUCAUCUAAUGUAGAAACUAAUUCUAAUACUGAUAAUAGAUCAGUUGCUAGUAGUAUUCCUGGAGCUGGUGGAGCUUAUAUUGAUCAUAGAAAAUAUAAUGAUUUAGCUCAUUUACAUUCAUCACCUGCAAGAGCUAGAAGAAGAAGUAGUCAACAAAAUAUUUUGGGUCAUGGAGGUUCAAGUCCUACACAUUUAAAUAACGUCCUUGAUAAUUCUACAAUUGGUAAUGGUGCUGGACUGAAAUUAAGAAGAGCAACAGAUAUCAGUGCUGAAUCUGAUGAUCAUGAAAAUAAUAUCCCUCAAACUCGAAGACAAACAACUUUACCUUUGACAAAUAAGAAUCUUCAGAAUUUAUUAUAUCAUAGUAAUACUCAACCACAAUUAAAUAAUAUCACUAAUUCAGCUCCUGCCGUUCCUACCAUUGGUAAUAGUGCCAAUGGGAAAUUUGGUUCUAUUACUUUAGAUAUGGAUGAAUAUGCUAAAGAACAAAGAAGAUUAACCCAUGCACAAUCCUGGUCUUCUGAACAUCAUGAAGGAAAUACAUUUGAACGAGAAGAUAGUGAUCAAUAUUCAUUAAAUUCAAUGGAAUUUGGAGGUUCUAAUCCAUCAUCUGAUCAUUCAAGUGAUUCAACUUCCUUAGAUGAUGUUUGUUUCCCAGAUUAUUAUGAACAUAUUGCUGCCAUGAAUAAAAGUGAAACAGAAUAUCAAUGGCCAGAUUUGAAAGUAUUAGAAGAAUUUAUUAAAGAAGAAAUUGAUAAUGAAGCUCGAGCUUUAGAAAGGCCAACAUCUCCAAUGUCAGGAAUGUCUUCUUCACUUUCUCCUCAAUUUGAAUCACAACGUCCUUUAGUUAAUUUCCAUCAUCCUAUAGCCAGAAAACCAAUUGCUGAAUCAGUUCUGCCAUUAGAAAGAGGGUCACCUAAACAAAAAGUUGUUGAAUCAACCCCUUUAUUACAAAAUUUCCAUGUUGAUGAAAUAGCAUCUUUAAAUCUGGUUGAAGAUUCUUUAAGAGUACGUCCAACUCCAAUCCAACCUUGGGAUAAAUCAAAACAAGAAAUUCUUCCAACUAUUUUGAAUCGUCCAAAGGGAACAAGUGAUAAAAAUGGUAUACCAACCAAAUAUAAUCUGAAGAAUGGAAAGAUUGAUGGAAAAUUAUGUAGAUAUACUUAUUUUAGAGAAGAUUUAGAUAAGACAAUUCAUUCACCUUCAAUAAGUGGUUUAUUAGUCGCUGAAGCAAACAAUCUUGAAGAAAGGAUUGAAAAUCAAAAUAAAUUAUUUGAAAUGAAUGAAGAACCACUUUUAAGGAAUUUAGAUGAUCUUGAGAAUGAUUUUGAAGAAGAACAAUUAGAAGAGGAUGAAGAAGAUUUAUCACUUUAUGAAAAGUUACAAGAAUUAUUUCAACCUUCUUAUUAUGCUCAACCUAUAUCAAGAUUUCCAUCAUCAGCAAGUGUUAGAAAUCUUGCGUCACCUUCGAUAAUUAAUAAUAAUACUAAUAAUAAUGCUACUAAUAACAAUACCACUACUAAUACUACCACUAAUACUAUAAAUAAUACAAAUAAUAUAAAUGGUAAUAUUACUACUAAUAGUUCAACUGUUCAAUUACAAGUUCCUACCAAUUCGAAUGCUCCUGAAACUUCAAUAAAUGGUACAAAUAUCGCCAAUAAUUUAUCAUUAAGAGCCAUUCCUUCUUCAAAAGGUACUGAAACUCCUGUACCAGGAACCACAGUAGGAUCAGUUUCAGAACAUACAUAUGUUCAACCAUUUUGGCUUGAUGUAUUAGAUCCUACAGAAGAAGAGAUGAAAGUAUUAUCAAAAACUUUUGGAAUUCAUCCUUUAACCACAGAAGAUAUCUUUUUAGGUGAAACUCGUGAAAAAGUAGAAUUAUUUAAAACUUAUUAUUUUAUUUGUUUUACUUCAUUUGAUAUUGUAUAUGAGAGACGUAAAGCAAGAGCUAAAGAACAUGAAAAGAAAUUGAAUAAACUUCAAGAAAUGUAUGAUAAUGCUAGUGAUACUAAUAGUAUAUUUGGAUCUCAAGAACGUAAAGCCGGAAUUUGGUCAUAUUUUAAGAAUUUAGUAGGUAUGAGAUCAAAUAAGUCAAGAUCAAGAGCUCCUUCAAUUAUGCCAGCUCCAACCAAAGAUUCAACAGUUAAAUCUAGAACUAAAAAGAUUAGAGAAGGUGAAUUACUGCCAUUAAAUAUGUAUAUGAUUGUAUUUAAAGAUGCAGUUAUAACAUUCCAUUUUUCAGCUACUCCUCAUCCAAUUAAUGUUAGAAGAAGAGCUCGAUUAUUAAAAGAAUAUCUUACUGUUACAGCCGAUUGGAUUUCAUAUGCAUUAAUAGAUGAUAUAACUGAUUCAUUUGCUCCAAUGAUUGAAAGUAUUGAAGAAGAAGUGAAUUCAAUUGAAGAUGCUAUAUUAAAAAUGCAUUCAGGGGAAGAUUCAGAUGAUGAUUCAGAUGAUGAUUCAGAUGAUGAAGAAAAACCAAUUGCAGCUCAACCAUUUCAUCAAAAUAUGAGAAGAACCAAAAGAGCUGCUGAAGUUCAAGAUACCAAUGCUAAUGUUUUCCAUUGGAGAAAAAGAUCUAAAUCUACAGUAGAUCAUAAUGUUGGUACUGGAGGAUUUUUUAAACGGAAACCAGCAUCAGUAAGUUCUAAAACUUCAUCAAAAUCAUCUACAACUACUUCAUCAAGAAUAUUAGGAUGGAAACGUAAAGGAGAUAUGUUACGUAGAAUUGGUGAAUGUCGUAAAAGAGUUAUGUCAGUUUUAAGACUUUUAGGUUCAAAAGCUGAUGUUAUUAAAGGAUUUAGUAAAAGAUUUUCUGAAUCAAUGACUGAACAUCAUAAAGAUUCUAAAGCAGAAAUUGGAAUGUAUUUAGGUGAUAUUCAAGAUCAUAUUGUUACAAUGAUUCAAUCAUUAAAUCAUUAUGAAAAAUUACUUGCUAGAUUUCAUUCUAAUUAUUUAGCUCAAAUUAAUAUUGAUAUGACUAAAGUUAAUAAUGAUACUAAUGAUGUAUUAGGUAAAAUUACUAUUUUAGGUACAAUUGUAUUACCAAUUAAUGUGGUAACUGGAUUAUGGGGGAUGAAUUGUGUAGUACCAGGACAAGAAUAUGAUGGACUUGAAUGGUUUUGGGGGAUCGUAUGUGCCAUACUUUUAUUCAGUUUUAUAGCUUAUAAUUAUGCUCGUAAAGUAACUGGUUUAUAAUUAUAAUUAUAAUAUAUAAUAAUAUAUAAUAAUAUAUAGUAAUAUGUAAAUACGUC